CCGCCCAGUAAUGUCACAGUGUAAGUUACUGAGCCUACACAUUGCUCGCUUACACAUGAUGCAGAUGUGUGAUGUGAAACUGAAGUGAAUUGCGGAUAUUUGAGUUUGUAGUGUGUUAUUAUUUACAGUGUGUAUUGCAAUUUUUGUUCAUCUUCUUCGCUUCACAGAGGAUCUUAUAUCAAGCUGAAAUGGGAAAAGAAAAGAAUAUAAUCUGCACGACAGAGCAGCUGGAAGAAUUCUUGCAGCAGAGAAACGACAUAAUUCUAGACGAGCUAAAGAGUAUUCUUCAACAAAACUCAAAAAAUACAGAUGGAAAGAUAUCUACGUUAAAAUCUGAGGUUGAGAACGCGCUCAAGAUAAGAGAGAAGGAGUUGAGAAGAUUAAGAAGAGAGACGGAGGAAAGUUUCCGCACGUGUGAGAGACUACUUCACGCGCUUACUUUCCAGAGGAAAAUGUUGGAGGCGGUCCUCAAGAUUAGGGACAGGGAGAUUCAGAACCUACGAAGGUGUGUGGGUAUACAGAAAAGGUUGAUAGUGAAAACAUUGAACGUUGUGGUGGCUGAUGGCGUCCUAGAAAUGACACCUAAACAAAGAAGCGAACUUUUGAAACUAGUUCAAGAAAUGGGAGACAUAGAUAUUAAUUCAACGAGGUUAGAAUCUGAAUACAUAAAUAUUAACUCAAGUGAGGGCGUUGGUUUCUCUGAGGAGACAGUGCUGCAAGAAUACAGAGAAGCGCUGGUGAUAUCCGACAAGGAAGUUAACACCAACAACAUCGACAAUAUCAUCCAAGUCAGAAGGGCUGAAAAAGCAGCUAAAGGGGAAGGAGGUAGUUCUGCAAGCUUUAUUCAAAACGUAUUCACUCCGAGAACAACUAUCCAAGACAAAGAUGAUACUGAGUCAGACGAAGAAUAUGUCCCACUAGAUAUCAAGAGUCAACAGAUUCCGGUCACUAAAGCAGAACCAGUUCAGGCUAAAGAUAUAAGUUCUGUGUUUGAGAAUCUGGAAGAUAGUAGACGGAACGAGAAGGUCCCUAAAACUGUACUGUUUGAAUGUGGUAAACAGCUGGGGUCUGCCUGGGUUAGUUUCGCUAUCUCGCAGAGGAUUGGGUUCACGUUGGACGAUGUAGCGGUGCUAAGGAAACGAUAUAAUUCGGACGAAGAGAGAGCAAAAGCGAUGCUCCUUAUUUGGCUGGAGCAGAGCGGGGAGGGAACAUACGGCAAUUUGGUGUUGGCAUUAAACGACAUUGGUAGAAAAGACAUCUCUCAAAAGGUGAUACGAAUGGAAAAGUGAAACUUGAGCUGCUUAAUGUUACCGUAAAAACUGGGAUUUUUACAGUUUAUAAGUUUAUAUGACACGAAAGCUAACUGUACGUGUAAUGUGUAAUAUCUGGCUAACCAUGUACUGUAAGACAUGUUUUGAUAACUUUUUGUUAGGUAGUAUUAGUUUAAUAAAGAUUGGAAAGCUACCUAAUGUGGUAUAUUGAACAAUAUUAACAUAUAAAUUUUAUUAUGUAAA